AAGUCCCACUAAGAAUUACUCCCAAGUAAAAGACGCUAAAAACAUGAAGGAAAAAUGGGUCACUUUUGGGGGGGGGGAACCAACUUUUUUUGUCAUUCCUGUCAGGUUUUAUGAUUCAUGGGGGGGGGGUUCGUAAUAGAAAAAUAAAAUUUGUGUUUAAAAACAACUACAUAGAAACCAGGUGCUUAAUUGUCACAACUUUUCUCUUUGUGAGGAAAGAGGGAAGAUUACCCUCCACACACACCCCCAUGAUGGUGCUUGUGCUUAAUUUUUUUCCGAACAGAAGGGGGGGGGGGGACAAGAGCUUCAUUUCACAUGUUAACCUGAAUUUGAGCCCCACUGAGUUAAAUAGGAUUAACUCCCAUGUAACUGUGUACAGGAUUGCAGCUUAGGGCGAAGUCCCCAUUUUCUGUCCCUCCUCCUGUGUCGCCAAACACCUCACGGCGUUUUCCCGCCUAAAUGAGUCCUCAUGCUGGAGGCAGCAGAAACACAGAGAAAUAAUAAUCCGAGCAGUCAUUGCUUGGAGACGGAUCUUCCGGAUGCUUUUAUGUCGUUCCCCCCCCUUUCCUUUUUUUAUUUUGGCUUCCACUUAGGAAGUAAUAAAAUCCCUCUUUUUCCUGACCCCCUCAGGGUGGACAAGGUGUUGCUCGACCAGAGCUAGCGGUGCCAUCUUGCAUUUCUGGCUAUUGUUUUCUAUGAAAGGUCAUAAUUUCCAGUCUUGGGGAGGACGGGGUUCAAGGGUCUGAAGGAACAUAAAAGUUGGAAGCUUUUUUGUAAGUCCGACGUAAAGUUUGUCUGUGUCCAGAAAGGGCAAGGCCGCCUCAGAGUACACAUGGUUUCUAAAAGCCACAAUUCUUGUACACCGCAACACCAGGAUUACCUGUGCACUUCUAGAUAUUUAUCUCUAACCAACUCCGCUUGUAUAAGUAUGCUCAGAGACUAUAUAAAUAACCAAGCAAACUCGAAAUUAUAAUAGCACCUCAAUUUUGAACCAUCGGCAUGUAGACUUUUGUGUAUAAAAAGGGAAGGGAUAGUUUAGUUCCAAAGUAAUGCAAUCUCAAUUUCUAUGCACACAAAUAUGCAAAAAGAAUCACAUUACAUGAAAAAAAGAUUAGUCCACAAACUAAUAUGGGGGGGGGCAUCUUCAUGGUACAUUUAUAUUACUCAGGAAUUUAUUUAUUUUUUAUAUUACUCAGGAACUGUCACAAUUGGGGGGGGGGGGAUCAUGCUCCAAAUCUCUUAGCCUCAUCUGCCAAGAAGUGAUCACAAUAAAUUGCUAUGAUGCCUGAAAAGGUUAUUUAUUGCGGGUUCCUCCUCACAAUCUGUCCACUGAGUUUGGGGUUUUUUGAGGGGGAUUGAGUUUCAUUCUUGUUCUGUUCUUGCUUCAGAGGCUGCACCAUUGCCCUUAUAGAAGUAAAACAUGGUGAAACUGAAUUCCUCAAUUCUGAGGCAGAGAAGGAGCUGGCUGAGGAGGCAGCUGGUUUAAAUUGCCCCAGGUUCUGCAACAAGAGGCUUGCCAUACAUCAGGAAAAUUCCUGCCAUGUCCUGGUUUUGGGGCAUAAAAAUGGCGUCGGGGGGGGGCGGGCAAUUUUGCCAAACUGGCAAAAUGUCAGGGAAAACCCAGACGUUUUGUGGCCUUCCUAAAAAUUUUUUUUAAAAAUAAAGCUCAAUAACUUUGCGGGUGUUAGGAAUUUUACUUUUUGAAAUAUGGCCACCCUAUGCAACAAGUAGCAUUUGCUAACAACAAGAAUCUGUGGAAGCCUAGAAAACAGUGAAGGUGUUACAACGAAUGCCCCAUGGUGGAAUUCCCUCCUCCUUGUUCCUUUCUUUCUUAUUUUUUUUUACCUCAGCACAGUAACAUAACAAUGUGGAUGUUCUAGAGUUGCCGUAUUUCAAAAAGUAAAAAUCAGGGCACCCUAAAUGUUGUUGAGAUUAAUUUUUUUAGUAGAAAAAUAGUGGUGCAACAACGUUACAUUUCGUUUUCAGACAAGCAGUUUACUUUUCAAAUGUUAUCAGAAGAACCAGAAUUCAGGGUCAAAUAAUUUCACAGAAACCGCUUCUUAAAAUGCUAUCGGAAUAUUAAUGCUUAAUUAAUUAAUUAAAUUCAUUUAUAACCAAUGAGCUAGGUCAGGACUGAGGCAGUAGUCCUAAACACAAUUACUAGGGAGUAAGCCCCAUUAAAAGAAAAUGAAGCUUACUUCCAUUAACACACAUAAGAUUGUGCUUCAGAUCAGUUGCGCCUAUGUGCCAUUGCAAUCGAUGUGAAAAAUUAGUCCCCGCUAACUUGCCCGAUUGAAUUGAACAGGAACUAAGUGCAACACACUUACUCUGAAUCCAACCCAGUAUGGUUUUAAUAUGUCUUGCUUGAAGUUAUUACAGUACAAUGACAUUUUAUUUCGUUGUAGAAUGCAUGCCUCAGCCAGUCAAUGCAAUUAAAUGUUUUUUUAAUGUCUUUUUUUAAGAAGCAAAACAAAACUGCAGAGAGGAAGGACCAAAAGUUUGCAGUGACUGAAGAGAAAUAGCACCGUUAUUCCUGCACUCUUGAUUUGUGUGAAAGGUUACGUAUUUAAAACAUUUUUAUACUAUUCUUCAACAUUAGUGCCAUGAAAGCUACUCUAGGAUGUUCUGAAGCCAGCUAAAAAGUCCUCUCUUCCAUUGCUGAGUACUGCACCCCUGAUAGAGGAAGUAUCUGAAAUAGGACUUUCUGAAGGUAUCUGAAACAGAGACCUUCUGUUAGUCUCAAAAUGUGGGUUAGAUUAGCAUGGGAAGAAGCACACUUUCAGGUUUCAUAAGUAGGGACACAUGAUGGAGUAUGCAGGGAAUGGCUAAAAGCGCUAUCAGCCGGAAGGCCCAUUUGAAUUAAGCAAAUAUACUUGGGGCUGUUUUCAGAAAGUGGUUAACAGUGCCCAUUGUGUGCUGGUGAUGUUCUCAACCCACAGUGACCAAGAGCUAUUAGCUACCAUCUACAUGGGGUAUAGGGACGUGGUUGGUGCUGUGGGUUAAACCACAGAGCCUAGGGCUUGCCGAUCAGAAGUCUGGUGGUUCGAAUCCCCGCGACGGGGUGAGCUCCCGUUGCUCGGUCCCUGCUCCUGCCAACCUAGCAGUUCGAAAGCAUGUCAAAGUGCGAGUAGAUAAGUAGGUACUGCUCCGGCGGGACGGGAAGGUAAACGGCAUUUCUGUGCGCUGCUCUGGUUCGCCAGAAGUGGCUUAGUCAUGCUGGCCACAUGACCCGGAAGCUGUAUGCCGGCUCCCUCGGCCAAUAAAGCGAGAUGAGGCCGCAACCCCAGAGUCAGUCACGACUGGACCUAAUGGUCAGGGGUCCCUUUACCUUUACCUUUACAUGUGGUAUGCAGUUCUAGCCCACUCCAUGUUAUUGUAGUAGGUAUACCGAUCAGUAAUGGAAAGACUCUCUUCCAUUUUUAUUGCAAAAUGGGAACUAUGUGUGGCCUUCUCUGGUGGAAUCCACACACAUAUAAAAAACGCCGUGGACAUGCUUAAAAAAAAAAGUUUUGAAAAACGCAUUGAAUUUUGCGUAGCUCACCGACGCCAUCUAGUGUCACAUUUGUAUACUGCACUUUACAACACAUUUAAAACGUUUUAUUUGCAGCUGUGUCCUUUGUUUAUUGCCAAAACUAUGGCUUUCUCCACAUUAGAGAGUACUCUGGGAUAUCCCUCACUCCAAACUUAAAUUAACAAGAUUUUCAUGAAUAGUCGUGGAACCACUCAGGGCUUUUUUCCGAGAAAAAUAGGUGCCAGAACUCACCAUGAAGUUGUUACAGUAAGUGUCACACUUUUUAAACCAAAAAAGGAGAGUUGCUGGUACUCACCAUGAAGUUGUUACAGUGCCACACUUUUUAACAUAAAAAAAAAGAUGUGCUGUUACUGUAUACCCUUUAGUGCCCCCCUGAAAAAAAGCCCUGGAACUACGGUAUAUUUCUGUUCUUAAAAUGUAAAAAAGUAAACAGAGAAGUAAAGCCUAUCAUGCUGAAUGUCUGAAAUACUGAUCACUGCUUUUUUUUUUAAAAAAAGAAAUAAAUCAUGCCAAUGCUGUGACCCUAAGCAAAUUUAUGGGGAAAUAAGUUUACUUUAAAUGUAUGGCCUCUUAUUCCAAGUAACUAUGUUUAGUACUUUUCUUUAAAAGCUCUGUAAUUAUAUUUUUCAUCUUUUAAUACUCCUAUGGUAACUGGAGAUCAAAUGAAAAGGAUGUCAUUGCUAUUGUCUCAUAUGGAAAAAUGAUAAACAUGAAUAAGAGAGACCAUGUUACUCAAAAUGCAUUUUGUUAAAUGUAUGUUGCUAAUGCUUAAAAUACACAAAUAGUUUGCAUAAUUUUAAUUAUAAGUUGGUUUAAUCAGAACAGGUCUCAUCAAGUUUUGUUACUCAGAACUGAACAUGGAAAGUUUACAAGCACUUCUAUCCAUAUCAGAAGAGAUGGAAGAACCAUGGCCAAAGAAACUCAAAACAGAUAGUCAAGUGAGCUCAAAUGAGCAGAGGCAGUUGCUAAAAAGUUUAUGCUAUGCAGAUAAGAAAUCACCAAACACACAUCUAGGUUUUCCUGAAGGAUCUUGGGAUUUUAGUCAAAACGAUUUGGAACUGCAAGAGAAAAAUAGCACAAAAACCAACUUAAGACAGUAUCUACAUUUUAGACUUUGUAUGAAUGCCCAUUUGCAUUCCAGAUUGAUAGGAAAUACACCAUUCAUAGGAAAAUGGGCACUUGAAAAUGAUUACUGUAGCAAUUUAAAAGAUUCUGGGUCUGAAUUUGAUGAAAAUAUUAAUUCAUUGGUCACAAAACCUAAGCCUUGGACCAUUUUUGCUAAAGAAAAAGAAAAAUCAAUAGACAGUGGCAACAUUUCAAAGGAGAUUGAGUUACCAUCAGUAAAUAUAGUUUCUUACGACAUCUUGGCAGAAAAUAUUGUUGCAAGACUAGAAUAUUUACUUACAGAUGUGCCAGCAUUUCAAACUAAUGAAAAUGGCACAGGUUGUCAUCAUGUACAUGGAGAAAAAAACCAUAUUCCCAAACCAGUUGCAGAUGGUGGAAGCAUCAGUGACAAAAUCCCACUGCUAUGUUUGUUAGGUGGCAAUUUUAUGAAAGGAAGAAAAUCAAACAUUGGAUCGUUCUUAUAUGAAUAUAAAAAUGUUGUGGGUGAGGAUGAAAAUAUUAUAUUCCGCAAAAAGCAAAAAAAUGCCUUGGCAAAGAAUAACUUAAGAAGGAACAAAGUAUAUAAGCACAUGUUUAUAUCUUAUUCAAGAAGCUGUGGAGUUGUAAAUAGCAAAUUAGUAAAACGUGCUGCUUUUGGGUUAUUUUUACAUGAUUGCAGCACUGCAGUUGAAAAGAAUGCCUCACUAUUCAGUCAUUUUUUUCUGCUCAAUACCCAACAAAGGGAAAUAUCCAAUGGCACCAGUACCAUGGAACACUUCGAAUUUUCCAGAUAUACUAUAGAAGAUGGUAGCUUUUCAGUAGUUUGUAAUGAAAAAGAACAAAUGGCAAGGCAACUUGUAAUUUCUAACAAACACAUUUCCCCAGAGAAUGUUUUUCACAGCUCUGCUUUAUGGGGGGGAAGGUUGUGUAGUCCUACAGUGCACAACCUGUCAGCAAACUUCAGACUAUUUAACUAUUUGACUUCAGCUCCACUCAAAUUUGGGAAGUGCAGUAUUCAACAAUCAAAUCUUCCAAUGGUGAGUACAAUGGAACCAAAUAUACAAAAGAGAACUGGAAAAUUCUUCAAUGAAAACAAUGCUUUUCCUGUUAAAAAAUUUAAAGCUUCUCAUUUUAUUCCAAGAGUACAUAACAAAGCACAAACAAGCAAAAGCAAAUGUGUCCCAGAAUAUAUAAGAACUUGUAGCAGAGCUAUGUUGAACAAAACAAGGAUUGGUAAUUGUGAAGACUGUGGUUCUACUGAAAUGAAAGUCAAUUUUUAUCCAUUUGACACAUAUAAACAAAUUUGCCUCAGUACUGAUUCAGAGGAAAUUUCAUUUAUAGGAAAUGUGAUCUUUAAUGUUGAAAAUAAUAAAAAAGAUAGCAAAGGAUAUUUUGUUCCUGAUAAAAGAAUAAUUUGCAGUGGCUCUGAUACAUUGACUUCUAAUUGUGUUCUCCCUCAGUUAUAUACAAUUUGCAAUCCUUUUUUGGAACAGAAAAGCAAAAGUAAAAAGUCUAAGUAUCCCAAAGAUAUAAACAACAAUAGUCAAAGGCACACAUGUGAAGACAACAACAUGCACUUCCAUAUUAAUGGCCUUAAUCCUGGAAAUGUACUUAAAUAUAAUGGUGACCAGUAUUUUACUUCAACUGGUUCUUAUGAUAUUUGCAUAGAUCAAAAUAGACCAGUGAGUGUCAAAGCUCAGCGUUACAAGAUUUCCCGGCAUGGAAAAAGAAGAAAACUAAGUGGCUUUGUAUUUGAAAAUAAUAAUAGUGUUUUACCAUACUACCCUGUUUGUAGUUCUAGAACCUCUAAGAACUUGAAACAUCCUAUAGUUAAAAAAGUAGAAAAUCUGAAUUUAUUGCUUCAAAAAAGUAUUUUACUAAACAGCCCACAUAAUCCAGAGCUAGCGUCUGUGAAACAAAAUGCCAAAGAUGUGGAUAAGAAAGAAAAUUCAACUUUUGAGCAGAGUUAUGUAAGCAAAAGAAAUCAACCUCAGAAUAUAACUACGCUAUGUUUCAAUUAUGGAUGUGGGGAAAGGGUUAGUUCUAAAGACACAUUAACAAUGACUUCAUGCACAAUGAAACAAGGCCAUUUUGAAGAUGCCACAGAAAAGCAUUUAUCUUCUGAAAUUAAAAGCAGACACGAGUUUGAACUGAAAAAUCAAUUUGAUCUGGUACUGGAAGAGCUUUUCAUGUUUAAUGAAAUUAGUAAGGAAAAUGUGGAAAAAGAAAUGUGGAAAUGUGGGGAAAGAAAUUUUUUGGAGAAAGAUCCCCUUGUCUUUAAUCAUUCUGGCAGCAUGCUAGAUGAAGACUCCAGAAAUAUUUUUGAAAAUAAAGCGAAUGCGACCUUCACCACUACUGGUAGUACUGUGAACAGUACUAUUGUAAAGCAUACAACUGGGAUGAAGCCAACUAAGGAUGAACAAAGUUUAUUUAAGAACACAGUGAUAAAAAGUCCUGGGGAGCAAGAAGUACCACAUGACCACUGUCCUUCGAGUGUAACAGAUGAAGAAAUGUUCUAUGCACCCUCUCAAGGUAACUAUAUUAUUAUGCAGUAUGAUCACAUAGUUGAAUUGGCCUUCUGUUGCAUGUGAAUCAAGAGGAAAAGGAUGUGUCAGACCUUUCUGAAUUUGCUAAUACAGAUUGCAUUUUCAAGGUAACUAGUAGGGCUGGUUCAGGCUUGAGGGGCUUUGGUGGGACCCAUUCUCUAUUGGUCCAGGCGAACUUACCGGGCAGAAGUGACAGCUGGCAGCAGUGUCACGUGGCUGAAGGACACCAUUUAAGAUUUCAACAGUGUCACAGAAUGACACUAAAGUUGCAUUCCCAUCCAAACUUACUUGGGAGUAAUUCAGUAGUCCUUACUUCUGAGUAGAUAUGGUAAAUAUAGGGGAAUGAAGUGUAGGCAUCAGGAGUGGUCCGGGUCAGGGUACUGGGGGAGAAGCUGUCCGGGGAUUCAAUGUGCUGUUUCUGGUCAUGAUAACUGGUUAAAGGCAUCAAAAGGUUAUCUAGCAGAUUAUCUAGCAUCUGUUUUCAACUUUAGCAUCAGUUCAACUUUAAAAAAUAAAUAUAAUACUAAUUGUGAGUUUAUUUUUUACAUUUAAGAACAUGGCGAUUCUCCUUGUAAACAACCUUUCACUUGGAGCCCAGCAUUUGUGUCUCAUACAUUUAUGGAAGAAAGAAGCUGCAAUUUAAGAAAUGAAAGAGGUAAAUUAUUCUGAUUUUAGUUAUUUACCAUAGAAAAGUUGUUACCUUAUAUUUAUUUUUCAAUGUAAAUCACAGCAAGUAGAUGGGUGGGGUAUAAAUAAUAAAUUAUUAUUAUUAUUAUUAUUAUUAUUAUUAUUAUUAUUUCAAAAAAGGACAGCCUGGCUAAUUAUAUUCAAAAUCAUACACAAGCAAUAGGCACAUUAUAUGUAUAAUACGUGUAGAACAGUCAAGCCCUCUGCAGUACUAUAUUUCCGUAGCACAAUUUUGUAAAUAUAAGUGUUUGUGUACAGUUAUAUGAAUUGCUGCAUGAAUCUGUUUAUGUACCGGCUACUUUAGGAAACUUGGACUGUAUAUGUGCAAUAAUAUUGUAGAUAUACUAAUGCAUAUAGUAUGUAAGAAUUGUAUUUAUCACCACAAUAUUAAUGUUGGAAAUUACAAUAUCAGUGUUUGAUCUAGAUAAGAAGAUUGUAUUAUUUCUCUUGGAUACUAUACAAUAGAUGCCCAUGAUGCACACCAAAAUGUACAUAUAUUUAUUGUUGUGGUGGUAUUCACAAUUCUGCAGCCUUGAUUUGGCUUGGACUAAGAAAAACUUCAAACUCUCAUAAUGAGAAACUAUGGUGAGACAGAGAUACACAUACAAAGUGUUUUCAGUUUUCAUAAUGCAGUUUCAUAUCUUUUUAUACAGGAGAUUUUUUAUUGGAUGGAAUUGUAAGAGUACAGCCUCUUAAAACAUGUCGUGGUCCUUUAAGAGUUGGAUUAUCAAAGAAAGCUAAGCCAAAACAACUUCAUCCAUAUUUGAAAUAGUUCAAUAUACCAUGUUUUAAAAAGCACUUUUGAACCAAAACCAUUUACAGUUUUUAGUACAUUAUAUAUAUGUUAUAAAUAUUUUUGGUUUUAAAGGUUUUAAUAAUAAAAGUCCUGUACAAUGAUAUACUAUGAUAUGAGUGCUUCAUAAUGUAGUUUUACAGCAUUUAUUUUUAUAAGGAUUCUGUGAAAUUUCUAAACUUUCAUAUUUAAUAUGAUGCAAAUUCAUUGGAUAAAUGCAUUAUCUUUGGUUAAGAUAUUCUCAUUUCUUAAAGUACACUAACAAAAAGUAGCAGCUUAUAGCAUUUUAUUAAAUAAUCAGCCAUUUUUAAUUAUAUAGAUCAGCUUUAAUGCAUUAUUGAAUACACUGGUCAAUAAUGAUCUAAAGUCAUGUCAUUCACACAAGGACUUCCUGUGGCACAACAUAACUUUUUCUUUUAUCCCCAUAGCCCCCCAUAAUCUGCUUUGGAGGGUUGGGGAAGCCCCAGAACAGGUUUUGGGGAUGCAGGGGAGGAGGAGAGGUGGGAGAAGCUUUGUUGCAUAAGCAGACAUCCUUGUGAGAAUGAAGUGACUUCACUGGAUAAGAACCCAUAGCCUUCCUUAUUUAAUAUAUUCAUGUAUUCUUCUUAAGAGAACUUGUGUGCCAGUGUGGUGUAGUGGUUAAGAGCGGUAGUCUCGUAAUCUGGGUAACCGGGUUCGCGUCUCCGCUCCUCCACAUGCAGCUGCUGGGUGACCUUGGGCCAGUCACACUUCUUUGAAGUCUCUCAGCCCCACUCACCCCACAGAGUGUUUGUUGUGGGGGAGGAAGGGAAAGGAGAAUGUUAGCCGCUUUGAGACUCCUGAAGGGGAGUGAAAGGCGGGAUAUCAAAUCCAAACUCUUCUUCUUCUUGUGUCUUGAUCAGCACAACACUAGGUUAUAUGCAUGGCUACUGCAUAUUAGAAUCUCUGCACAACUGAAUUGUUGUUUGGAGCUACUACCUGUCACAGAGUUGAGAAAGGAAGGGAAAAAAGAUUGUAUUCACUUUUCCCACUUUUCAUAUUCUGGCAAAUGUUUUAGCGGUGUAUUCAUAUUGAGGGUUUCUCCCCAUUUUAUAAGAAUUCUCAUAAAGGUUGUUGUUUGCUCACCUUUGGGUAUUACAUGAGCUAUUAUAAUCCAAAUAAAAGAAUAUUUCAAUUUGGGAUGACAGGGUGCUAUAGAGUUGUUUUACUGCACAUGCCAUUAGUAUAAGGAUCACACAUUUAGUUGCAUAUGUGGCUGACAAUUCAUGAAUAUUCAAAGCCAAUGACAAAUAAAGAGAAUUGCUUCCUAUUAACAAUUAACAUUCACAUAAUGGGCAACCCCAUUCCCCUUCCCAGCUGCUGCCAAUCUCAGAAACUUAAUAGAUAGUCUUUUCCCUGCCACAGCAUGCCACCAAAGUUGUGUUAACAAUUGUAUUAUCUGUGAUAAAAUCCUAAAGGCAAUUGGGCCAAAGUUAGUUGUGAAUGAGUAACUUAUUCUGUUGUUUUAAGUGAGGCAGUGCAAUCCCAUAAAUGUAUAUUCAGAAGUAAGUUGCAUUAAACUAAAGGAGACUUACUUCUGAGUAGACAUGAAUAGGAGUGCACUAUUAGGCACAAGUGACUUUAACUAGAUGGGAACCAAUAACUUCAAACCCAGUUCCAAAACAAUCACGUUGUUUGUCUCAUUGAAACAUAGGAGCUAAAUAGUCUUACUUUACCUUGCUUUGUGUUUAAGACCAGUUUACUGAGUGAUUCCUAAACACUGGGUCACAGCUAGAGCAUGUUAUGUAACUUCCAACUGUUAGCACUGGAAUUAUGAUAAACAGUUGAUUAAUGGUGUCUAUGUUCACAUGUUUUUUGGAGUUAUGGGUGAUUCAAAGUAAACAUGUUUGUUAUUAAGCCCUUUUAUAAGCAUUUUAGUAGUUAUUGCACUAAGUUGAUAUUGAAAUUUCCUAUUUACAUAAGCAUGUUAUGUUGAAACUGAGCCUGCAAUUAUUCAUAUUACCUAACUCUCUUUUUCAGUCAGAUUGACUUAUCUUUUAAAUAAAACAUUAGCAAAAACCAAAAUAAAACACAAUGGCAAAAAAUGGUAACACCAAAUAAGACAGCUAAUUAAGAUCUGAGAGCGAAAUAAAGGAUUUUAACAAUUUAAA